AUGGAUUGCCUUGAUGGAUCCCCCGGGGACUUCAGGAACUUCAAGAAGGAUGACUUUGAGGCAGACUGGAUUAAAGUGGCAGAAAGCAGAUUUGGUCAGGUGUACCAGGUCAAACUCAAGAUGUGGCGGCUACAGUGUGCAUUGAAAAGCUUUGACACAACACUGUGUGCAGACAACUUUUACAGGAGAACAAUAGAGGAGGCAUCGAACGUUGCCAGAGUGAAAUUCAAGUACAUCCUGCCCAUCUACGGACUGUGCAGCGAAGCGACAGCCGUGGUGAUGGAGUACAUGAGUAAUGGGUCGCUGAACAAUCUCCUUUCAAGUCACACCUUGAUGUGGCCAAAGAAGUUCCAGAUGAUUCAUGAAACAUCUAUGGGCAUGAAUUUCCUCCACAGCAUGAAACCUCCAAUCCUCCACCUCAACCUCAAGACAUCCAAUAUCCUGCUUGAUGAUCAUCUGCAUGUCAAGAUUUCAGAUUUUGGUUUAAUCCACUGGAAGGAGGGCAUGAGCAAGAAGUUGUUCAUGGAGAAUUUGACAGCGAGAGGGAACAUAAGUUACAUUCCUCCAGAGACCUUCACUCAGAGCGCUGAUCCUCCAGGAACUGAAUUUGAUGUUUACAGCUUUGGAAUCGUGAUCUGGGAGAUUCUGACACAGCAGAAACCAUACACAGGGUGGAGUAUGACCACGGUGCUGUUACAAGUGUCGGAUGGCAAGAGACCCUCUCUGGAGCUGGUACCUGAACCAAGACCUCCUGAGUGUGAUCAGAUGAUCCGCAUCAUGGCACUGUGCUGGAAGCAGGACCCCAGGAGCCGACCACACUUCUCAGACACAGUGAGGAGAACUGAGGCUCUGAGUGAAGUCCUGAAGAUCCCUGGACCGAUAACAGUUUCAAAUAGUGACAGCAGACUGAAAUCAGAUUAUCCAUGGCUGCUUUCACCGAUAAAUAAGAUUGCUUUGCCUGUGCUGGCUGACCUUCCCUCAGAUGACCAACAUGCUGAGAGCAAAAUUCUCUCUCUGCUCACCAAAAAGGAUUUUGGCAGUUUCAGACAGUCUGUCAGUAGAGAACACAUACACGCACAGUUUUCUGAGGAUAAAAGUCUCCUCCACUACACGGUGGCCAGCGGGGAUGCAGAGAGUGUGGAGCAUGUGCUAAAUCUAGGUGCUGAAGUCAACUGCACUACUGUCAGAGGAUACACUCCUCUUAUUGUUGCUGUUCUGCAAAGGUUUCAUGACAUCAUCUCUUUGUUGCUGGACCACGGUGCAACUGCAGACCUUGGAGAUGAGGACCAGUGGACUGCGCUCCACUUUGCUGCUCAGAGUGGCGAUGACAGGGCGGUCCGCCUCCUCUUGGAUAAAGGAGCUGCGGCGGAUGCCCGGGAAAAAGCUGGUUGGAUGCCCCUCCACCUGGCCUGCCAGAACGGCCAUGAAACAGUGGUGCGCCUGCUGCUUUCACGGCUGUCGGAGGAAGCAGUUGGAGAACGGGAAGCACAUGGGAGGACGCCGCUCCAUCUUGCCUCCGCCUACGGACAUCUGAGCAUUGCCAAGCUCCUCCUCUACCAGGGAGCAGAUCCCAAUGCUUCAGACUGCUCUCUGUCCACCGCUCUGCACUUAGCAGCCGCUGAGGGCCAGAACAGGUUAGUCCGACAGUUACUGAAGAGCGGAGUAAAUCCUGAUGGUGCAGAUAGCAGAGGAUUCACCCCGCUCCACCUGGCUGCUCAGAGAGGCCACACGGGCAUAUGCAGGCAGCUGUUGUCAAACGGGGCCAGCACAGACGCCAUGACCCUGCAAGGCUGGACUCCCAUACACCUGGCGGCCCUGAGGGGACAUGAAGCCACGGUGGUCCAGCUGGAAAGUCAGGGUGCUAAUGUGAAUGCUAGAGGUGAGAAUGAAUGGACCCCGCUCCACCUGGCCUGCCACCAGAGUAAGCCUGAGGUGGUGGCAAAGCUCCUGGCAGCCAGAGCAGACCCUAAUGUGGAGGACAGUGAGGGAUGGAUGCCUUUACACAUAGCAUGUACCAGCAUGAGUUUCCAAAGUGUCCUUUAUUUAAUAUCACAUCAUGCAGAUGUGAAUGCUCUAAACUCAGGGAAGGCCUCACCUUUACACCUGGCUGCUCAGCAUGGCAGUGCUCCUAUCAUUAAGGCUCUGCUGCUGAAUGGAGCAGACCAGACUCUGCAGGACGCUUCAGGAUCCACAGCUCUGGAUGUGGCCAAAAGAAGUGAGAAAUGGGAUGUAGUGAAGUUACUGACAUAG